AUGGACCAGCCAAAGCCGACAACCAACGAGGCAAAGAACGAGACCCCAGGGUUGAGCGGGGCUCCCAAGAGCCCAAACCCAGGGGAUGGCCCUCCCCAAGUCUCGACAGCGGCUACGAACACUGCCUCGAAACCCAAUGGAACCCAGCCAGACCCACCUACUGCAAGUCAAUCCGCGGGAGACCCACAGACUUCAAGUGCAACAAAGGUUGUUCCUAGUACCACUCCAGAAGAUGCCACAAAGCCAGCGACCGAGAAACCAGUUGUUACUGCCCAAGAACCCAAGUCAGCUUCCAAACCAUUGCCUGGUCCCGAGGUACCACUUGUGCCAAGCAACACUGCUCAGACAUCCACAGAUGUCAAGCAGAAGGACCCUGGAGAUGCUGCAAAGCCAAAGGCUUCGAAGACUCCCGGUGGCCUACCGGAGUUUGAACACAUUGAACAAAAGCAUUUGGGCUUGAGGCAGCUGGUUGCACCUCCUGAGACGGAAGACAUCGAUGCAGAUGUUGUCUUUGUCCAUGGCAUUGGUGCCCACCCCUACAACACCUGGAGGCACAAAAUCACAAAGACCAACUGGCUUGACGACAAGACGAUGUUGCCGGCCGAUUUGCCCAAAUCGAGAAUACUCUUCUUCGGCUACCAGUCGGCCUGGUAUGGUCCGAACGCUGUCAGACAAACAGUGAAUACAGCGGCUGAUCAACUGCUCAACGCCUUGAUGGGGAGAUUGAGGGAGAAUUGUCCUGAGAGGCCCAUCAUCUUCGUUGCCCACUGUUUUGGCGGAUUGAUUGUCCAACGUGCUUUCCACAUUGCCCACUCUCACAGAUCCAAUUUUCCUGGCCUCAUCGAUGCCAUCACCGGGCUCAUAUUCCUUGGUACCCCGCACUCUGGUGUAGAUGGCAACUCUUCACUGAGCACUCAGGGAGACAUCUAUCGAGCAAUCGUCGCUGCUCAAGUGAAGACUCACUUUGAGACACUCGAGACGAUGACACACAACAAUCAGAUGCUUCAUGGAAUAGUUCAGGACUUCAACCAAGUGCUGAAGAAUGAGGUCAAAGUCCAACCUCACAUAUAUUCUUUCUUCGAGAUGUAUGCAUCCAGUGUGGGGAAGAUCGCUGGGAUGGGAAACAUGCCUCAGGAAUUCGUCGUCACACAGUCAUCGGCGACAGUGUAUGGGCACGGCUCAACCGGUCUCAAUGCCAACCACUUCAACAUGAACACCUUCGAAGACAAUCAAGAUGCCAACUACGACGCGGUCUGUCAGCAGAUUGUGAGGAUGGUGAAGCUUGCAAGGGAGAAUCAGGAGAAAAGGAAGCAAGAAGAUUCUAGGUUCAGUCAAUCUCAUAGUCACCUGCCGCACCUGGCAAAGCUUCCGAUUCCAAUCAGGAAGGACGGCCACUUUGUCGAGCGUGCAGAUAUACUAGGUCUCAUUGACAGGAAGUUUCAUGAGGAGAAUGGUGCCGUGGUAGCACUCACCGGUGGUUUGGGGACUGGAAAGACCCACGUUGCCGUGGAGUAUGCUUAUCGAUAUUGCAUCGAAAACCCCGGGGCUCAUAUACACUGGAUCGACGCCAGCAGCGCCGAGCAAUUCGAAUUCUCGUACAAGCGCAUAGCGGAUGGUCUUCAAUUCCGUCUCAGGGACGCAAACUCGCCGCAAGAUGUUGUGAGGGACGUCUGUCAUGCUCUAAAGAAAAGCACCGAUAGUCAGUGGCUGAUGGUUGUGGACGGUCUUGAUGAUGACGCUUCACUCAACUGGAUCAAAGAUGGUACCCCAAAUGAUGAGCGGACUCUUUGGGAUUUUAUCCCCAGAGGAAGACACAGCACGGUGCUGGUUACGACAAGAGAGGCACGUUUGGCACGACGCUUUGCAGGAAAGUCUCAAUUUGUGAUUGAUGUCGCUCCUCUUAGCGGCAAGGACGCUGCAUUUAUGAUUUUGGGCAGGAAGACAACCGACAAACAGAAGUACGACCAAGCCAAAGAGCUGGCCAAAAAGCUUGGGGGCACAGCUGGUGCCCUGGCGCUUCCGCACGCUUACCGUACCAAGGUUGAUGGGAAAAUCAACUUGAAGGAAUACGAAGACAUGCUUAAACUCCCCGAAUCACAAAAGCAGGAUACUACUGGCAAUGCUGUUCUUGCUUGGAGGCGACUGUUUAGGGUCCUCGAGAAAAAGCACCGAGAUGCGGCAAACUUGCUGUGCUCUGUUGGAGUUCUUGACGUUCAAAGCAUUCCAAAGGACUUCUUCCAAAAGGCCGAUUGGAAGCUCACCCGGACAUUGGAAGUAUACGGCAUGAUCGAGAGGUCGGCGGACGACAGGUUCAUUCGGGUAACUGGGAUUGUCCGGCUCUGUCUGCAACGCUAUCUGGAAGAAGCGAAAGAAAAGGAGUUGGUUGAAGAAAAGGUACUUGACCAGCUUUCACAAGCCCUCAAGGACGGUGAUCAUGAGUUGGAUGACGCAUUGCUUCCUAGCAUCCUUGCUGCUCUGAGGUUCCAGCCAAAACACUCGGACGGCAAGAAGGCCGCUGCUAUCCUACACCUGAAGGUUGCUCAGUACUACCAGCAAAUCGGACGCUUGGAAGUAGCAAGAACACACUUCGAAAAAGCUCUUACACCCCGUCCGACAGACCCGCAACAACCUCCCAGAUACUUCCUGACAGCCAAAGAUGUCGAGACAGCCAGACAAGCCCUCGAAAAUCUCGGCCUGGAUCAGAAAACGAUGCCUGUGGCUGUCAGUAAGAAACCAUCAUCCCGUGCUUGUUUCAUCCCCAACCCUCAGGAGCUGCGCAGCGAGCUUCGGUUUCUAGAAGAGAGCUCUGGACGUGAACACACGAGCACCAUUCAAAAGCUAGCCGAACUGGCUGUUUUGAGACUAGCCCACCCAAGCGCGAGACAGCCCAGCAAGACCAAGGCCAACAACCUCGCAAACACCCGCGGCCUCCCAGCACCCACGAGUGGAUCUCCAGCUCCUGGUACACUUGGAAACAAUGACCCUUCGGGCAACGGCUAUUCCUCUUCAGCACCACAGAGUGAAGACGCCCCUGAAGACGACCCGGCUGUCCUCUUUGAACGUCUGCUGGAAUCAGCAAUAAACACCCACGGCCCCAACACCAUGCGCACCGCCAACGCCCACUACUCCCUCGCCAUAGCCUACGAGCGGCAGGAAGACUUCUCCAAAUCUGAACAACACUUCUCAAAGGCCAUUGCCAUAGCCCGCGACAGACUUGGCCCUGAAAGCCCAGAGUGUCUCCGCAUGUUGCGUGCCCUCGCUUGUCUCUACGCCCGCCAGGGAAACACACAGGCUGAGCAGAUGUUCGCGCUCGCCUUGCAGAACCAGAUCAAAGUCCUCGGGGACACCCAUCCCGAGACCCUCAUCACCCGACACAAUGUUGCUUUGUUCCUCGAGGAAGCCGAGGAGUGGGAAGCGGCAGGACAGGAGCUGGAGAGGAUACUCGGGCUGCAGGGGUAUUGGCUUGGGAGGGACGCCCCGGAAACAUUACAUACGGCACAAAGCCUUGCCCUCAACUAUGCUGCCAGAAACAAGAGAAAGGAGGCGGAAGACUUGUUUCGGGCCACGCUCGCAACGCAGGAGCAAGUCUUGGGGGAGACGCACGUCGAUACCAUGACUACCGCAGAGAGGUUGCGCGAGUUUUUGGAGAAUGCACAAGGCGAUGGAGGGAAGGGGGAUAAGGGGGCGAAGAAGGAGGAUAACGAUAAGAAGGGGGUCAAGGAUGGGAAGAAGGGAAAGAAGUGA